AUGUCUGAUAACUCGAACGCGACGCCCACAAAUGCUGGUGAUUCUAAUAAAAAUCCAUUUAGGAGACCAAAAUUUCCACCCGACAUAAACCCAGCAAAAAUAGCGGAAGAUCGUAUCCGCAAGCUUAAGGAUCCAAAGAAGAUUAAUUCAAGAGGGCCGAAUUGUUUUAUGAUUUAUAGGGCGUAUUGCACCUCCAUUAACAUCGAAUCGCGUCGAAGAGGUGGUCGAAAAAGAAACAGAAACAAAAUUCAAAUGACGGAGUUAUCAAAGAUGAUCUCUGAUUCAUGGAGGAAUGAGCCUUUGAAAGUGAAAGAGCAUUAUAAAGAACUAGCUGAUCAGACUGAGCUUGAGCUGGUUAGACAAAGAAGGUCUAAAGAGAUCCACAUUCUGGCAUGCAAAAGGUUUCCCCAGAAUGAGCAUCAAGGACCUUAUGAAAGCCCCUCCGAAACGGGUGAUACGAAAAAUCAUGACGAAGAUCCCGAUAAAAAUUCUCUAAAUCCUUUCGUCGAACCCAUUGGAGCGCUUUUCGAUCCAUUAUAUAUUGAUUUUGAAAGUCAGUAUAACUCCGAAAUUCACGAAUUCUCGGGAUACUCCCCACAAAUUAAUAAUAUUAAUUUGGUGUAUCCACCUUACGCUUAUUUCCCGGGGUACUACUUGUUAAGUCACGGCGAAGUUUUCUUUAACUAA